ACUGAGAUCUGGAAGCAGGAAUCAUCGCUUCUUAUUCCUGCUGAAUGAAUAAUAAAGUGAUUAUUAAUCAACUUUGAUGAUUAGAUGACGAGGAUUAAAUGAUGAAUCACCCAUCUGAAGAGAGCUGGUAUUACGUGGGAGUGGACGUGGGCACCGCUAGUGUUCGUGCCGCCUUGGUUACCCGGGAUGGACAUGUUGCAAGAACAUCAGAGGAACCAAUCCAAAUCUGGGAGCCUCAUCCAGACCAUUAUGAGCAAUCUUCAGAAAACAUCUGGAGCAAGUGCUGCAUCACAGUGAAGAAAGUGACUGAGGGCAUCAUAAAAGACCAUGUGAGGGGGAUUGGUUUUGAUGCCACAUGCUCUCUGGUGGUGUUGGACCAGGACUUUAAAUCUGUUGCAGUCAAUAAAGAUGGUGCCAAAGAGAGGAAUGUGGUCAUGUGGAUGGAUCACAGAGCGAUGGAGCAAGCCUCUCGGAUUACAGCCACCAAGCACAGUGUCCUGAAUGCUGUAGGUGGUGUGAUGUCUCCUGAAAUGCAGCCCCCAAAGUUACUGUGGCUGAAGGAGAAUCUGAGAGAGAGCUGCUGGAGGGAAGCUGCACACUUCUUUGACCUUCCAGACUUCUUAUCUUGGAAAGCAACAGGUUCACUAGUAAGAUCUUUGUGCACUCUGGUCUGUAAGUGGACCUAUUCUCCUCCAGAGGGGUGGGGCGACAGCUUCUGGACUACCAUUGGACUUGAGGACUUGCUUGAGGACAGUUAUUCCAGAAUUGGAAAGCAGACUUGCUGUCCUGGCAGCCCAGUUGGAGAAGGACUUACAGACAAAGCAGCUUCAGACUUGGGUUUAAAGCCAGGAACAGCCGUCGGGGCAUCUCUUAUUGAUGCUCAUGCAGGAGGACUGAGUGUUAUUGGAGCAGAUGUAAAUGGACAUCAGUUACCCUGUGAAAACCAGCCUAUCACAUCACGCCUUGCUCUUAUCUGUGGAACCUCUUCCUGUCACAUGGCUCUGAGCCAGAAGCCUCUGUUUGUUCCAGGCGUGUGGGGUCCUUACCUGUCAGCUAUGGUUCCAGAGCUUUGGCUUAAUGAAGGUGGUCAGAGCGCCACUGGAAGACUGAUUGAUCAUGUGGUGAAAGGACAUGUAGCCUUCUCUCAAUUAAAAGACCAGGCCAUGAAAAGUGGAGAGCAUGUGUAUUCUUUUUUAAACCGCUAUCUAGAGGGAAUGGGAAAAGACCUGACGCACAUGGAUGAGCUGACCACCGACCUGCACGUGUGGCCUGAUUUCCACGGCAAUCGUUCUCCACUGGCAGACCAAACCCUAAAGGGCAUGGUAAUUGGACUGUCUCUAUCACAAACACUGGAUGACUUGGCACUUCUUUACCUGGCUACUAUACAAGCUAUUGCUUUUGGUACCAGACAUAUCCUUGAUGCAAUGAAAGAGGCAGGACAUGACAUCACAACAUUGUUUCUGUGUGGGGGGCUCAGUAAGAAUUUCCUGUUUGUCCAGAUGCACGCCAACAUUACAGGCUUACCGGUUGUUUUGCCUGCAGAAAGAGAAGCUGUGUUGGUUGGCGCUGCUGUACUGGGUGCCUGUGCAUCACAUGAUUACAGCUCAAUACAGGAAGCUAUGGGGAAAAUGGCCAAAAUUGGAAAAGUUGUCCGACCUAACCUUGAGCUUGAAAGCUUCUACAGGAAGAAGUAUGCGGUGUUCCUCCGGCUGUUUGCCCAUCAAAGAGAGUACACAGCGAUGAUGAGUGACUGACGACUGCCACUUCCACUUCCUCUCUACCGUUUACACAGAAAGUAAAGGGCAAGACUGACACUCACCCCUGAACACACAUCGUUCACACAUUUCUUUCUCUGUGACCAGCUCUGUGACGAUAUUGCUAAUAAUGGAACUGGUUUUCUCUGAAGUCUCUGUGUUUACCAGAACAGCACUUGGUUGUUAGUAGCAGUAAUUUAGAACACAAUUGUUUUAUAUUUUAGAAUGGAAGUGGAAUCAGGACAACACCCAACCAUCAAGUUUUCAUUCAUUAAUUAGUUUACUACUAAUAAUAAUUAAUAAUUCAAUUGCAAAUAGAAGAGAAGUGUGUGUGUGUUGCGUGUGAUUAUGUAGGCUUAAAGCUAUCCAGCAGCCUGUAAAUGAUCAGGGGCCAAUUGCACAAUCAAAUCUUUUUUCCUAAUGCAAGAAAAAAGUGAACCCCCCGGAGUUCUUAAAUAUUUGUGUUAUUACUUAUAAAUGUCUGAUUUUUAUCCAAGUCAUAGCAACAGACAUAAAUGUUCUGCUUAAAGUUGAACAGUGUGUUAUUUUAAUAUUAAAUGGAUCUGAUUAAUAACAAAGCUUAAAUAAAAUGACAGGGAUGCAAGUGGUCCAGUUUUUACUUUUUAUAGAUUUAGUAAAUGCAUCAGCUUUAGUAUUUUUUAAAUUAGAAAUCUUUUCACAACAUGCAAAAUUAAGAGUUAAUUCCUAAUCCCCAGCUUAAGUUACUUAAGUCAUGAGUGCUCAGGUGCAGCAGUAAAACACGUUUAAUAGUUUGUGCUUGUGAGUUUGAAUCUCAGAUCUGCUAGCGGAUGGCCGGGCGCCUACGUGCGGACAUGAUUGGCUAACGUCUUCCAUGUGGGGCAGCCGGAGUGGUUCCUCAUCACUGCUGAUUCACUGAGGAUUUUUCAGGCAUACUACUUAGUGUACAAUAUAGGACACAGCCGCUUUAAAUGCCAUUUGCCACUGUAUACAAUACAAUGCAGGGGCGGCACUGUGGCAAAGUGGGUAGCACUGUUGCCUUACAGCAAGAAGGUCGGGUUGGGUCCGAUCCCAAGGUGGGGCGGUCAGGGUCCUUUCUGUGUGGACUUUGCAUGUUCUCCCCAUGUUUGCGUGGGUUUCCUCCGGGUGCUCUGGUUUCCUCCCACAGUCCCACUCACAUUUAAACCAAAAUCACCUGACAGAUUGGGCCCCUCAAAUUACAGAUCAUGUAGCAUGACUUGAAAAGCACUGUAUACAAUUUCCAGCAGUUUUCUCCCAAUCUAGUCACUCGAUUCUAUUUAGUUACUCGAUUCACAUUUCAGACUCUACCACUGCAAUCCUUCGCUCUUGAUCUCAGGAGCCGCAAUCAUUGCACGCCCCCUGUGACACAUGCCUGAAGCUGGCCACUUCUUAUCACCUGACCAAGACAGGUUCAUAUGGAGAUCAUAUCUUGCACGGAGAGUCAUGCACCGAUCAUCAUAUGCCCUCGUUUUUGUGCAGGCACCCUGGAUCAACCAACAGAGGUUGUAACUGCUACGGUUAGGAGAAGUCCACUCUGGCACUUCCACUCUACAAGCCAAUCUUUGUCCAUAUAGGCGCCAGCCUGCUGAUAGCAGAGUGGGUAGCACUGUCGCAGGUGCUGGGUUAGAUUCCAGGUCCUUUCUGUGUGGAGAUGCAUGUUCUACCUCUGUCUGCGUGGGUUUCCUCUGGGUGCUCCAGUUUCCUCCCACAGUCCAAAGACGUGCAAGUGAGGUGAACUUGAGACACAAAUUGUCCAUGACUGUGUUUGACAUUAAAGACUUAAACUAGUGAAUCUUGUGUAACCAGUAAUUACCUGUUCUGUCAUGAAUGUAACUAAAGUGUGUAAAACACAUACAAAAUAAAUAAAUACAAUAAUUCAGAAACAUCAAACAAGACAAAUUAAA